GUAUCACCGCAUACUAAUCAUACCAUUUUAUGACUGAUUUCGUGACGGUGCCUUCUUGAAAAAUAUUGAAGUUUUCGCGAAAAAUAUUACAAAAGUGAAGUUAUUCGGGAAGAGAAAAUUGGAAAAUUUAGCAGUGUGACGUUUCCCUUUGUGUGUGAAAUUAUAAUUUGAAAUCUUGCUACUCUCUUGGACAUUUUUACUCGUUCUUUCAUCAUUAAAUUUACCCAGAAUCAUCGAUUUGAUAGUUUGAAAGAAAAUUGAUAUCUAAAAUUAGAUUUUUAUUGCAAGGAGAAGAAGAAAAGAGUUUCGAGAGUUUCGGAAAAAGUUUUUUUGUUUCGUUCGUCUGGUGAACAUGCAACAGCCACGUUAUAGUCCGGCGCCUCAAAACGCUUUACGACCUCAAACACGACCGCCAGUUCCAAACUUAAAGAACGGAAUUACUGAAUAG